CCGAGGGGCUGUCAGCCGCAGGAGGCUGCGAGCAGGACCGACGCCUCGCAGCCCGCGGGGCUCUGCUCCGCAGGGCCGGCCCCUGCCCUCCCCAGAACCCGCAGGGCGGGAGUGGAAGCCGGAUCCCACUCUUUCGUUUUCGUUUCCCGGAAGGAUAGCGAUUACCCGAGCGCCCUGCGCUACUGCUCGCCCGGGGACCGAGGGCUCAUCACCCGGCGCUUCUCAAGAGAGAUUGCCUCCUACGUGACUUCCCAGUGUUCCGCGCCAAGUUAGGGGUUUGGGUAAGGAGAGCCUGAGAGCACCGGCCUGGGGCGCAGCAGAGGCAGCCAGUAGAGAGCUCACGACACACCACCAGGACGGGUGGCUCCCUUACCUCCACCUGUAAUGCAGGCAGGAGCCUUGGCAGCUGCACCACCCACAGGUCACCAGGCCUGGGCCGGACGUGAAGCUGGAGUGAACCUGCUGGCUGCGAGGGGAGUCUGCAAGCUGCCGGGAAGACUCCGCGUCCAGCCGGCGCUCUGGAGCAGGGAGGAUGUGCUGCACUGGCUGCGCUGGGCCGAGCAGGAGUACUCUCUGCAGCGCACCGGGGAGCGCGGCUUUGAGAUGAACGGCCGAGCCCUCUGCAUCCUCACCAAAGACGACUUCCGGCUCCGCGCGCCCGGUUCAGGUGACGUCCUGUAUGAGCUGCUCCGGUACAUCAGGACCCAGCGGCAAGCCCUGGUGUGCGGGCCCUUCUUUGGAGGGGCCUUCAGGCCGAAGAUGCCCACUCAGCGCUGCCCCUGCCCCCUGGAAGAGUUCGGCUGCAGGGAUGAGGGAGUCCACUCCUUCCCCACGGUGUCACAGGCCCCCAUAGACGGCAGGAUCGCUGACUGCCGGCUGCUGUGGGAUUAUGUGUACCAGCUGCUCUCUGACACCAGGUACAAGCCCUACAUCAGGUGGGAAGACAAGAACGCCAAGGUCUUCCGAGUUGUGGAUCCAAAUGGGCUCGCCAGACUCUGGGGAAACCACAAGAACCGGGUGAACAUGACCUAUGAGAAGAUGUCACGCGCCCUGCGCCACUACUACAAGCUGAACAUCAUUCAGAAGGAACCGGGGCAGAAGCUCCUAUUCAGAUUUCUGAAGACACCUGGGAAGAUCGUCCAGGACAAGCACGGCCGCCUGGAGCAGCUGGAGAGCCAGCAGCAGGGCGGGAUGGAGACGCUGGAAGCCCUUCCAUGAGGGGCAGGUGGACGCUGGGCGCUGGCGCUGACGGGGCAGAGAUUGAGUCUCCUAUGAAGGCAGCUUGCUGCACGGUGGCCUCCUCCCUCCUCGAGGGGCAGCAAGGGCCCGAGCUGGGGUUUGUAGUCAUGAAUCACAGCUGUUGUCUUGCAUGUGGCCACUGCCUGGAGGCCUGGAAGGCCUGAGAACUGGGAGGCCUCCCAUCAAGGACAUCACCCAAGGGCAUCAUUCUUAGGAAGGGCAGCCCUGGGGCCAAGUGGGGGGCUCAGGGAGUGAACCUUCUCUCUGCCCUACCCCUUGCUACCUACCUGGCUGGAGUGGUAGUUGGGCACGGAGAGCAUCCAGCCCAACGCAUUCAUACAGAAGAGGAAGCAAAGGUCCCUCGCUGAGCCUCAGCUUUCCUCACUGUAAAAGGGGCACGCUCCUGAACACCUGCCCUCAGGGGCCUGAUGCAUGAGAUGGGAGAAAGGACUCCUGCUUUACCAGCCUUAGGCAUAGGAACCAUAAAGAUAACUGAGGCUUAAGUGCUUAGUCUGUGCCAGGCCUUAUGCUUAGGGCUCUGCCUCUAUUUUAUCUCAUUCAGUUCAUGCACCAACCAACCCCCUGAGAUUUGACAAUGGAGAAACUGAGGCAGAGGCUGGCUGAGUGGGGUGCCUCUCCACACCCCAGGGAUGUUACCUGUUUUCUUCUAGUGCCUCUGAAUGUAUCAAGCAUUUCUUAAGCAGAGGCCGUGGCCCUACCUCUAUGUCCCUGGGUCUUUGCUGAACAGUUCAAUUCACUUGGCCCAAUGCCCUUGUCCUCAGCGUUCAGUCCUUUGGUGAUUCUGUGACUACGACCCAGUGAAGAUUGCCACCCCCCACCCCACCCCAGCCUGUGGCUUCCUGUGUUCGGGGCCUGCACCUGCCAGGCAACCUUGGGCAGGUUGUUCCACCCCUCUGGAGUCUCAGGUUUCUCAACAGCAAAUACUGUUCAUGCCUGACCUGGACUGCCAGGAAACUUCAAUAAGACACUGUUUGUGACAUCCUCAGCAUCUGCUUGCUCUGCAAGGACAGCUUAACCUGUGUUAGCUGAGAAAACUCUGCAAACCAAGAGCUGCUUUAAAGCAUGACAGUGCCUCUGUCCUGUUGGUUCAGCAUCUCCUGCCUGCUUCCCCAGACCCAAGUACUGGCUGGGGCCUCCUGAGGUCAGAGCCUCUGCCCUUGCAACCCCCUGGUAAGGAUGGUGGGGGAAGGGAAGCCAGUGUUUUCACUCAAUCGAAAACAGAACUUCUUGGAUUCGCAUCUUCUUUCUUGGAAGGAGGAAACCACCUCUGCCUGUGGCCUCAGUGGGUCAGGAAAUCCCCCAUCUGACUGAACCUGAGUUAGACUUCAGUCACUGUACAGGAGAAGGCUGAUAAGGAUUCUCAGACGUUGGGACUCAAAGCUGACUGCUCAUGAGCAGGGAAACUCUUGGCUUAGUCCCAUCUUGACAAUUCUACACCAGAAGGGGCCAGGCAGCUUGCGUCAGCAAAAAGGCUCAGCAGCAAAUUCCUUGGCCCUUCUCAUCUUUGCUGAGACUAUUCCAUCUCCUCGACUUCUGCAGAAUGAGCCCACGCCCCAUAGCUUUUAUUUUUUUUCUACAUCAUCUGCAAUCCAAAACUGUAUAACUGGACUGGGAGGGAUUGUCAAAACAAACUCUCUUUUUGAUCAUAAAAAUCAAAAGGAUAGACUGAUAAUCAAAAUCAGUUUCUCUUUUUAUAGAUAAGGCAACAGGCCAGAGAGGGGGAGUGACUUGCCCAGGGACACACAGCCCAGCUCAGACUGCUGACUGCUAAUACUGCCUUAUUUCCUCUUGUCUUUCACUUUGCUCCUGAAUGUAAGAUGGGGAGGCUUAAAUAAGAGGAUUGAGUCAAGACACUUCUUCCAGUUACUCAUGCCUGGACUCUCCACUCAACCUGGGGUGAUCUCCACCCUUUCCCCAUCUCCCCAGGCCCUGGUAUGGGAUAGACACCUGGGUGCCAGGAAUAAAAGGGUUCAUUCAACCCUUCCUUCCACAAGCAUUAAUUGAGCAGUUGAUAUGUACCUGGCACCAGGUGAGCUGUGGGUGUGCAUCCAUUUCUUACACAAUUAGAUUCUUGAAAAGUGGUGGAUCACUGAAAACUACAUAUGUCAAAAUGGACUUCCUCACAAUUUUAAAAAGCAGGAAAUAUAUUCUCAUGGUUGGAAAAAGUAGCUAGCUGUAUCUUUUUUUUUU